AUGCGAGGGCGCUGGCCAGGACCAAAGGCUGAGAGCUUGCAAUGGAAGGACGAUAUGAGAGGAACAUCUGUUCUGAGUGUGGAUGAGCGGUUGUAUGCCUGCCGUGCUCAACGCGUAGAAAGUCUUGAACGAGGGCUUGUUACACCAAUAAGAGCGAUGCAGAACCCUAAAGAUAUCAUAGGGACUAUUAGGAGAUCGCCUAUAGAAUCUUUGGACACAAAGCCACGUUACACGCGCAAUUCACAAGGCGGGCAAAUCAAUAAUAUUGACGGUUACAACUGCCUUUUUGGAGACAAGCCACUUUCAAUAAAUGUCUUGCUGCCCGCAUCAAUGGCGUUAUUUGAACAAUACAGAAAUAAACAUCCUUGCCAUAGAAGAGCCCUAGACGAGGGCCUCGAGGCACCUGAUGGGGCCCAAGGGGAGAUAUUUGAUGAUGACCGACGCGUCGAGGAAGCGGAGCGCGUCUUCUCUUCAGAUUUCGGUUCUAUGUAA